AUGGUCCCUGUACAGUCUUUCACAGGUGGGCUGCUGGGCACAGGUGGGGCUGCUGGUCACAGGUGGGGCUGCUGGUCACAGGUGGGGCUGCUGGUCACAGGUGGGGCUGCUGGUCACAGGUGGGGCUGCUGGUCACAGGUGGGGCUGCUGGUCACAGGUGGGGCUGCUGGUCACAGGUGGGGCUGCUGGUCACAGGUGGGGUUGCUGGUGCUGGUGCUGGCGGCUGGCGCUGGUGCUGGUUCCUGGUGCUGGCAGCUGGCACUGGGGCUGGUUCCUGAUGCUGGCGGCUGGCGCUGGGGCUGGUUCCUGGUGCUGGCGGCUGGCGCUGGUGCUGGUUCCUGGUGCUGGCGGCUGGCACUGGGGCUGGUUCCUGGUGCUGGCGGCCGGCGCUGGGGCUGGUUCCUGGUGCUGGCGACUGGCGCUGGGGCUGGUUCCUGGUGCUGGCGGCUGGCGCUGGGGCUGGUUCCUGGUGCUGGCGGCUGGCGCUGGGGCUGGUUCCUGGUGCUGGCGGCUGGCGCUGGGGCUGGUUCCUGGUGCUGGCGGCUGGCGCUGGGGCUGGUUCCUGGUGCUGGCGGCUGGCGCUGGUGCUGGUUCCUGGUGCUGGCGGCUGGCGCUGCGACCGCCGGUGCGACAGACGAGGUGCAAGGUGGCGCUGGCUGCAGUCGAUGGCGCAAACGCGAUCGCGGGCCGCUGGCGACUUCGCUGGCGACUUUGCUGGCGGGUCGCUGGCGGCGGGUCCGCUGGCGUUCGCCAUAG